UACAAACAAAAGAAAGAUCAAACAAACUAAUGUUAAAAAUAGAGGGGUUGCUACCAUUUUCUUUUCAUUGGUAUAUCCGGAGUAGCUAGAAUUCACGGUCACGGUGAAUACACCAAUUGAUUGCAAUCUGACCACAAGUUUAUAAUGGCGUCGCUGUAGACUGUACCUCUCAAAUCCGCACAACUUCUUCAAACCCUGGAAGUUUUCUGUUUCUGUGAGUGAAGGCUCUGAUGAUUAUAAAAGGAUUGUUUAGGAGAUAUGAAAGGUGGAACCCUGUGCAUCCAACUUAUGGAGCCUUUUGGGGAAUGGGUGUGGGUGUUGGUUGUGGUGUAGGAUGGGGUCCGGGAUUCGGACCUGAAGUGAUAGGCUAUGUUGGAGCUGGUUGUGGCGUUGGAUUCAAUGUAGGCAUCACUCUGGCUGGCUUCGGAAUUGGCCUUCCAGCUAAUUUUGUUUUUGAAGCUCCUUAUAAUGCUAUUGUGGCGACAAAAAACUCUGCAGUGAAGUUAGCACGUUCCAAUGGUCCUCUUUCUGGUACACACAUGCCAGGGGAUAUCUGGAUUAGAAAUGUACCUAGUGUAUCUGACUUGCAAAGAGAAGCCAGUGAAAAAUUGUUUUGCUUUAGGGAAAAGUAUUUAUCAAACAAGGGAACUGAUUUCUUUGACGUGAAGAAUAGAUUGCCUUUGUUCUCGUCUGCCUGUAAAAGUAUACAAGCAUUCCAUAACCAGUUGCUCUGUUCUCGUAAAGAAAAAGAUUGAUGACUUCCACCAUUAUCAGCUUGGUGGUUACAUUUUGAUAGACCUCUCACUUUUCUGUUUGAUAGAUUUGGAACCAAAGAUCCUAUUUUUGUAGUGAAUGAGAUAUCAUAUUAUUAUACUCUACUCCCUCUCUCUCGACAAAUUCAAGUGUGUAUGUAUGUUCCUGUUUUUUUUUUUA